AUGAGCGACCCAGAGGCGGAUCUGGAGGCCUUGACCAUCUCCUUCGCUGGGUUGGAUAUCACCGUCCGGAGGAGUAUCCCUCGGACCACCACCGCCGUCGAGGACGGCUUUGAACUCGUCGAGACUGCGCCUGCAGUCCCGACUCCUGCCUCGGAGGAGGCCGUGCUGGAGGCCUACUCGGCCAGCUCUUUGGCUGCUCUACACUUGCCUCAGCUGGUUCGGUUCUCUGAGCGGCUUACUGGUGCUGGGGGAGAGUGGACAGGUGCUGCUCGCACCGCUCGGGCCUACAGGGCUGGUCUUGGAGCCCGGCGCUUUUUGGCCGGAGGGCACAAGAUCUCCUCACCACCUGCUCCAGGUCUCCGGAACGUCUACUACAUCGUGCUGCGGGCGCCGGGCUACCCCAACGGCUGCUGGACGAGGAGCUUCCAGAUCUACGCGGAGACAGUGCGAGCUCGAGGCGGACCUCGAGGAUCUUUUGACAGCGAGAGCGCCUCGCACGCCUUUGCGAGCCUUAACGAGGCCGUGGAGGCGCAAGUGGCAGGAAUCGUGGGCGACCGGCCCUUGCCCCCUGCGUACCUGGUUUUGUCCGGCCUGGGAGAGGAUGGGCGCGACGACUUCGCAGUGGCCUUCCUUCUGCGGUGCCGGGCCAAUGGCUUCAUGAUCGCCGUGCCCAGCGUGAGUCGGAUUCGGGAGUAUGUCGAGGGACUUCUCACAGGCGACGGCGAGCCCCUGGCCCUUCUGCAUCGAGAACAAGUACAAGCAGAAACCGUUCGCGGCCGCCACCUCGGGCCCUCGCACGUCUUGCUACUGGACUUCCCUUGGGCAGCUCUGGAGUACCUGGUCGCACCUCAAGCUCUACGUGGCAUCUCAGACCGAGCCUCCCGCGUUAUCACGCUGCAGGUUGGGACCACUCCCGCGCGGCCCUGUGCUGGAGAUACGCUGGACGCUGCAGGCCGUUGGGUGGAUCGCUUGGACCCGGACACUGCCCAGGAGUACUACGUCAGCGCUCAGGAGCACGAGGAGGCAGAGGAGCACAUGGAGCAGGACGACCUCGCGCAACCGGAGCCGGAGCUGAGGCCGCCGGCGGGAUCUACGAGGGCAAGGCCGACCACCCCACUUGCUGCACCGGCUGGAGGGCAACCCGCGCCAAGGACGGGCGCACUCUUCGGCUCCGCCGCGCCUUUGACUGCUCAGGAGAUCACAAGGCUCCGCGCGCUGGCCGGUGGGGCCCCCGCUCGGACGGGCAAUGUGGAGAGGACCGCCUUGGUGGGCGGCGUGGGCCCCAUGAUCGAGGACUUGCAUGCAGAGGCGGAUGCGGAAGCCUUACCACCGGCAGAUGUCGAGGACCCGGCCCUGGAGGCCGAGCUGCACCAGAACCCAACCUUGCAGACCCUCCUUUUGGCACAGAUGCGGCAGAACGCCCUGCUCCUUCAGAAGCUGACCUCCAGCCGCACGGGCGACGGGAUUCAGGACGCGCUGUCAGGCGGCGGGGCCAGCGGAAGCGACAGCAGCUCGGGCAUCAAGGGGCAUCUGGCCCGCGAGGCCUUCUUGCGCCAACUGGCCGACAGCCGCGCGGUAGCAGCCAAGGUCCAGGCGAGCGCCUUGACGGAGCUGGGCCUCGCCACACCGGAGCCGGGGCUCAUGAGGACUUACAUCGAGAAGCGGCUGCCCCUGAACGACCAGAAGACCUUGCAGCACGUAGCCUCGAUGGCGGCGUUCGGCUGGGAGGCGGGCUUCAAGAGCGACAACCAGGAGCUGAUGGCUUUCGCGAGCAGGUUGCUAGUGUUUUCGGAGCAAGUUGCCCUGGACUCCGGCCGAAUCCAGUUAGGGUACCUUCUGGCAGGCUUCCCAGACCCGACCCCCCUAGGGUUCAACAGCCGGCGAGUCCCGGGCCUGCGCACCUUCAGUCGUCUAGCACCGGCCCAGUGGCUAGCCGCAAACUUAGCAUAUCUAAAGGAUCUAGAUUAUGCCGAGAGCAGGAUCGCACAGCUGGGCACGGGCCGGCCAGCUCCACCACCAAAGGUUCCAAACGCUCAGGAAACCGCCGAGAGCGAAGAGGGCCAACCGCCCGCUCGCAGGCCACCGCGUCGGCCAAAGAACGCCACUCAGAGUGGCGAUGGACAGGCUGCACCCGCGGCGGGAGCCGUGCUCGCCGACGUCAGCGCAGACUCCGAGUGCGUGACUGGCCGAAGCUUCCUCCCGCUCGCAUCCAUUGUUCGCGUUGAUUGGAAUGAAGCUGUCGGCAUCUUCGCCGUAUCGAAGCCAGUGUUUGCUGUGAUCGAUGCCCUUUUUCGCGAGGGCAUGCAUCUGCCAAGGAAUCAGGUUUUCAGGCUAUCGAGCCAAGCCCGCAAUGAGCUGCAGAUGUUAGCCUGUUUGGCCAGCACCCUUGUUUGCGACCUGCGUGCAACCUAUGACCCCCAGCUUUACUGCCUUGACGCCUCACCUUACGCCGGUGCCGUCUGCGCUACCACUGUUGGCUCGAGUACCACGGCUGAGCUGUGGAGGCACGGCGAGCUUCGGGGUUACCACACGAGGUUGGAGUCCACUGUGUCUGCUCUGUUGACCGAGAAGGGCAUUAGUCAUGAGGGUGAGAAGCUUUUUGGCGACUGCACUGCUGCCCCUCCUGAGUUUCAACAUCAGGCCCGCUGGGACCCUUUCGUGCCACAGCCUCUCCGUGAGGGCCUCUUGUAUGAUGCCAUUGUGUUAUGCACACGCAACGAUUCUUGGGGUCUCGCUUUGGAGAGUUCAGGGCUUAAGGUUCUUUUUGCACUCGGAGAUCAUGGCCUGUCUGCUGUCUCUGACCUGUGUGUGAGUGCUGCCACCGCCCGGGAGCUGAUCGCUCUCGCAGCCCGUCGCGUCGUGCGCGAGUGGCACUGCGCACUUUCUUGGGCGGGGCUUGGCUCUUUGCAGUGCGGCGGCCGGGAACAGCAGCUUUUGACGGGGACCCGCUCCGCCAGGCGCAUUGGUUUCGUGAUGGCUGUGGCUGUCCGAUGUGGACAAUUUGUGUCCAUCGAGCAGCCUCGCAGGGCCCGCACCUUCGGCCUAGAGUGCUACCGCACUUUGGCUCAGCUGGGCUGCAUCCUGACUUCAGUCUGCUAUUGCAGCUUCGGCAGUCCCUACCUUAGGGCCACGAACAUCAUGCACAACAAGCCUUGGCUCUGCAACCUCGAGAGCUGCUGCGGUUGCUGCCGCCGCGGCGGCCCUGACAGCGAAGCUCAGCACUGGCCUGGCGAAGGGGUCUUCGACCUUCACGGCAUAGCCUCCUUCACUUCGGCCUGCCGGCCCAGCCUUGAGCGAGUUUACAGCCGGGAGCCUAAACUCGGGGAGAGUUUUGCUUCCUUCGGUGCAGUGCUUCCGCUCGGUCUGUCGACGCGGAUCAGCGCGGGCUCCCUUGCUGCUGCGCGUGGUUUCGUCCCGGGCGUGCCGCUGGAGCUGAGACGCCGUGCUGCUCGACGUUUUGAGAUCGAGUUGGGGCUCGAGCUGCUCGACUCCUGCAGCCACGAGGCAAGCUUCCCUGCAAGGGACUGGCACGAGGACCCUGAGUGGAUCAGUGAGCUCUGCCGCUCUUUGCGUUUUCACGAGCUCUUCCGAUAUGCCUUCAAGAAGCCUGGGCACAUCAAUGUCAACGAGGCCAGGGUGUAUAAGACUUGGGUUAAGUCCUUAGCCCGCCGCUCCCACAACGUCCGCGCUGCAGCGCUCUUAGAUUCCCGAGUGACGAUAGGAGCUGCUGCAAAGGGUCGCUCUAGCAGCUUUGCCAUUUCUAGGAUCCUCCAGGGCUGCCUCGGUUACGUUUUGGGCUCGGGUAUUUACAACAGUCUGCUUCAUGUUUACUCGGGCGAUAAUGUAGCUGACAACCCUAGUCGGGGAAAGGAUGUUGCAGAGCCUUCGCGUGGUGAGCCGCGUUGGUUGCAAGAGCUGCGCGCUGGAGACUCAGCGGCCUUUGAAGCAGUCACUUCAUCUGCGCGCAUACCUCGGAAUCCUGCUCGGUGGCUUCGCUUCUUGCUGCUCCUCGCUGGCGACAUCGAGCGGAACCCAGGCCCUGGACCUGUUCCGCCGACGCCGCGGGGACCGCUGGAUCUUCACGCAGGUUUCGCUACGAGCACGGCGCAGAAGAUGACUAAGAGCUUUGCUGGGUUUAAGGCCUGGAUCGUCGAGCACGUCUGCCAGACCCCGGAGUCCGUGUUCGCCAACGCGGAGACGACUGCAAUGGCUUUGCGAGCCUACGGGCUUCACCUCUACCAGGAAGGUUUGCCAAGAUAG